AUGCAGUUCUUCGCUGUCGCAACUCUCUUUGUCGCUGGCGUCCUCGCCGCGCCGUCACCCAGCGGCUUAAACUCUCGCGCCACUCUUUGCGCUGCUGGCCUCUACUCUAACCCACAAUGCUGUGCCGUUGAUGUCUUGGGGGUUGCUGAUUUGAACUGUGCAGGCCCUGCUGGACCUCCUACCACCGCCAAGGAAUUUCAAGCCACUUGUGCUAAGAUAGGCCAAGAGGCUCGAUGCUGCGCUCUUCCUGUGCUUGGCCAAGACGUCCUAUGCGAAACUCCUCUUGGCUUGUAA